CCAAAACCAAAACGAAAGAAGAAAGAAGAAGAAGAUAUCCAUAUAUAUUACACACACAAAUACCUCAAUAUAUAAACAUGAUCGAUUUCGAUAGGAAAGCAAACAUGAUUACCUCCGAUAAGCAGCAGCCGAUCAAGUCCCCCAGGCUCUCCAACAAACUCAGCAUCUCAAUUCCAUCAGGUUUUCGUCUCGGAGAAGUGUCGCCGGCUUCCGAUGCCGCCUGUUUAGCCUACGACCACUAUCUCCGGCUGCCGGAGCUUAAAAAACUCUGGGAUUGCAGGGACUUUCCCAACUGGAAAAACGAAUCAAUACUCAGACCCGCACUACAGGCUCUCGAGAUCACCUUCCGUUUAGUUUCCACCGUUUUCUCCGAUCCCAGACCCUACACCAACAGACGGGAAUGGAAACGUAGACUCGAGUCCUUGGCAGCAAAUCAAGUUGAGCUCAUAGCUCUUAUCUGUGAGGACGAAGCAGCAGAACCCGGCGAAACGGCACCCACCGUCGGUAGGACUUCCGCCGGCUGCGUUUUAGCUCGGGAAGACAGUUCCGCGGAGGUAUGGAAAAUGUCAUCCUCCGAUACCACGGUUGUAAACCGUGGCAGCGAGUCCAGCUUGCUGCCGCGGUUGGCCACGUGGAGGACGGCGGAGGACGUUGCACAGAACAUUCUUUACAGCAUCGAGUGUCAGAUGAGGCGGUGUCCGUACACGUUAGGUCUUGGCGAACCAAAUCUAAACGGAAAACCUAACCUAGAUUAUGAUCUCAUUUGCAAACCGGCUGAUCUGCACGUCCUGAAGAAAUGUCCAUCCGAUCAUUCCAAUUUCAACCACGAGAAUCAAACUGUCUACACAACUCACCAGAUCCUGGAGUGCUGGAUCCGCGUGGGGCGGGAUCUUCUCCAGCGAGUUGAGGAGAGAAUCGAUUCGAACGAAUUCGAAAGAGCAUCAAACGAUUGCUGGUUAAUCGAGAGGAUCUGGAAGAUUCUAGAGCGGAUAGAAGACUUACACAUGCUUAUGGAUCCAAACGAUUUCCUCCGUCUGAAGAGUCAACUGGCGGUUAAGUCAGAUUCCGCGGCGUUCUGUUUCAGAUCGACUUCGUUGGUUGAGAUGACGAAGACGUCGAAGAAUCUCCGUCACAGAGUGCCGGAGAUUAUUGGAGUGGAGGUGGAUCCUUUAGGCGGACCGAGGUUACAGGAGGCGGCGAUGAAACUGUACAGGGAGAAAACGAAAGAGACGGAGUACGAGAAGAUCCAUCUGAUUCAGGCGAUGCAGGCGAUCGAAUCGGUGGUGAAAAGAUUCUAUUACGCGUACAAGCAGGUGAUGGUGAUGGUAAUGGGAAGCUUGGAGGCGAAGGGAAAUCAAUCGUUCGUGAGCGUGGAUACGGAGGAUUUGUUGGCUCAUAUCUUCUUGGAGCCGACGUAUUACCCUAGCCUUGACGCAGCUAAGACGUUUCUAGCCGAUUAUUGGAGUCGGGAUCAUUGAAGAA